ACGGCUCCGGGAUGGCGAAAAGAGUGUCUCCCACCAAGAAUUGCUCAGGCGUCAGGGCAUCGAGGUCGUCCGGGUCGUCAGUCAAGGCCUCGAACGGCCUUGAAUUGAGGCAGGCCUCGACCUCUGUGAGAAACGUCGACAGUUCCUCAGAGGUGUCUGGCCUCGCCGAUGGUGCGUCGCAGGUGAUGCUUGACAGCCUUGACAGCUGCUUCCCACAGGCCGCCGAAGUGUGGAGCUGCCGGUGGAUUGAAGCUCCACCGUACUCCUCGGUCUGCAAGGUGCCCGACAAUAGUGUGGAUCUCACGGCCAGCAGCCUUGAAGAGGUCCCUGAGCUGUCGGUCCGCGCCUACAAAGUUAGUGCCGCAGUCGCUGUAAACGACUGUGCCCUCGUCGAGACACGAACCGACGAAAGGCCGCUAGAAAUGCCUCGGCGGUGUAGUCGCUGACGGCCUCAAGGUGUACGGCGCGGGAGCUGAAACACACGAAUACAACUAGGAAGCCUUUGUAGGCCUUGUGUCCUCGGCCUCUCGUCGUUCUGAGCCACACCGGGCCGGCGAGGUCCACGCCGGUGUGCUGAAAUGGACGGCUCGGAGUGACGCGCGCUCUCGGCAGGUCGCCCAUCUUUGACCGUGGAGUAGCCGCCCGCCAUCGGACGCAUGGGUGGCAGCUGUGGAUGUGGCGGCGAACCAGUUGGCGUCUUCGCGGAAUCCAAAAUCGUUGCCUGAUGUGAGCUAAGGUGGCCUGGACUCCUCCGUGAAAUGUACGUCUGUGGGCGGCGUCAAUCACCAGGCGCCCGCUGACUCUCAGGGUGCCCUCGUCAUCCAGCAU